CCUUCUUCUCACUCCCACUCUUUCAAAUCUGAGAAACACAAAUGUAUGAAUCUCGCUCGCUCUCUCUAAACCCUUCAGAGAUUAUGAUUCAACCUUAAAGUGAAUCUCACUCGCUCACUCUCUCUAAACCCUUAAAGUGAUUUCGAUUUCGAAGUUCGGUGAUCCAAUCUCAGGCUGAUUUCAAUUUCGUAGAGCAAAAUCGAUUUCGUAGAGCUGAAUCAAUUUCAGUUUCGAUUUGGAAGAUACGAUUCAACCUUCUUCAGCUAGGUGAUUUCGAUUUCGAAGCUCUCUCUCUCUCUCUCUCUCUAUUUCGAAGCUCCACCACCACCACCACCACCACCACCAUCUGCAUCAUCUACUAAGCAACAAGAAAUCGGAAUGGUGGGAGAAGAGCAAAGCUGGAUUAUAGAAUUGGUGCCUCCCCAUUUGCCAAGAGCUCCACUACCUCCUAGCAAGAUAUGUGACAUGGUUGCUGUUGCCCGAAUUAUAAAUGCUACUCUUGUAAUUCCAGAACUUGAUAAACGGUCAUUUUGGCAGGACACUAGCAAUUUUUCUGAUGUAUUCGAUCAAGAUCAUUUUAUUAGUUCCUUGGCUAAUGAUGUAAAGGUCAUUAGAAAACUUCCGAAGGAACUGGCAAAUGCAACUAGAGCAGUUAAGCACUUUAGAAGCUGGUCCGGUAUUGAUCUGGAACUCGUUAACACGAAGAAAGCCAUUUCCAUCAGGAGGACAGAUUGGCAAAGUUUGCCUCGUUCAUAAAGAAAAUUUAGUUUAUGAACUGGGCCAAGCUUUUGUUACUAUCGGUAUUGUGUCAUUAGGAGUAUGGAUGUCUUCUCUGCUUUCUGUAUGAGUUCUCAAGCCUGACUCUGUAAAUAAAUCCUCACGGAUUUCUAAUAUAUUUUGUGUCUAGAUAUAUUCUGUAAUUGUACAUGUAUCACAUCUUAUUGCAUUGUUUUUUAUUUUUAAUUUUGUUUUCAAACUUAGUUUAUUUAUUAUUUUAA